UAAGUAGCUCAAGUCUGCAACUUGAACUUGGCACUACCCAAUAUGGCUAAUAAUAAUGCAUUAGCUGGGUUAAAGAACCUUGCUUUGUUUUGCUUUGUUCUGAUACAUGUUUCUGUUUCUGUUUCUGAAAUCAUUUUUGAAGAGCGCUUUGAUGAUGGAUGGAAAGGUCGCUGGGUGACAUCCGAUUGGAAAAAAAGCGAAGGAAAAGCCGGUUCGUUCAAGCACACGGCUGGAGAAUGGUCGGGAGACCCAGAUGACAAAGGCAUUCAAACAUCUCAUGAUGCCAAACACUUUGCCAUCUCUGCAAAGAUACCAGAAUUCACCAACAAGAACAGAACAUUGGUCCUCCAAUAUUCUAUAAAAUUUGAACAAGAUAUCGAGUGUGGUGGCGGUUACAUAAAGCUGCUCUCUGGUUUUGUCAAUCAGAAGAAGUUCGGCGGCGAUACUCCUUACAGCUUAAUGUUUGGACCAGAUAUAUGUGGAACAGACACAAAGAAGCUCCAUGUCAUACUCUCAUACCAGGGUCAAAACUAUCCCAUCAAGAAGGACCUGCAAUGUGAAACUGACAAGUUAAGUCAUUUCUACACAUUCAUUCUUAGGCCGGAUGCGUCAUACAGCGUCUUGAUUGAUAAUAGAGAGAGAGAUUCAGGAAGCAUGUAUACAGAUUGGGACAUUCUUCCACCACGGAAACUCCGAGAUACCAAGGCGAAAAAGCCUAAAGACUGGGACGAAAGGGAAUUCAUUGAAGACCCUGAUGAUGUCAAACCUGAGGGAUAUGAUUCAAUCCCAGCUGAAAUUCCUGAUCCAAAUGCUAGAGAGCCUGAAAACUGGGAUGAAGAGGAAGAUGGUAUCUGGAGGCCACCAAAGAUACCGAAUCCAGCAUACAAAGGACCAUGGAAAAGAAAGAAAAUCAAGAACCCUAACUACCAAGGGAAGUGGAAAACUCCAUGGAUAGAUAAUCCAGAGUUUGAAGAUGAUCCUGAUCUUUAUGUACUUAAGCCUAUCAAGUAUGUUGGCAUCGAAGUUUGGCAGGUGAAAGGUGGUUCAGUUUUCGACAACGUUUUGAUUUGUGAUGAUCCUGAUUAUGCAAGACAAGUUGUUGAUGAAGUUUUUGCCAAUAGAGAGAUUGAGAAGGAGGCUUUUGAGGAAGCAGAAAAAGUGAGAAAAGCCAAAGAGGAAGAGGAGGCUCAAAGAGCAAGAGAAGAAGGCGAGAGGCGCAGGCGAGAGAGGGGCCAUGAUCGACGAUACCGGGACAGAUAUAAAGACAAAUACAGAAGGCAUCGCCGUUAUGACUACGAUCAUGAUGAGCUCUGAAGCAGUUAUGUUUCCUUCUUUUCCAAUCUCGUUGACAAGAAUUUGCUGACCAAGAAAAAUGGCCGCCCUUCCUAUCUCAUCCACAAGAAUCUCCCAAUCGAUCAUUCGAUCCCACGAGUUUAAUUUCUAUGUAGUGUCAAUGUUUUGUUUUAAAUUGUUAUUAUACGAGGUACGUGCAUCGAAGCAGACUUGACUUUCGAAAAUGACCAAAUUAGUCCUGAAUUUAUAAAUUGUGAAUCUCCUUAGUCCUUAAUUCAAUUGUUAAAACAAUGCCGACAUGGAGUAUUUAAGUGUCAGUGUGGCAUCCACAAUGGUAAGAUGACAUGGCUAAGUCUUUAAUAUGAUCAAAUAGGUGUCGUGAAUUAGUUUCUUGGAUUCAUCUUGGUUUUAUAUUUGUGUGAGAUACCUAUUUGACCAUACUGAAAUCUUAGUCAUGUUACCUUUUCAUGUCAGUAUUAAUGCUUGUUGAAUUACGGAAGAAUGAGAUUCACAAUUUAUAAAUUCAAUGACCAAUUUGGUCAUUUACAAAAAUCAAGUACUAUUUUGAUGAGCGCUGAAAAUUUCUGGAGCAUUACCUCAGUAUAUAUAUGUAUUUUUACUGUUAAUUUCUAGGGAAAAUUCAUGGAAAUAAAAAUUGUUUUUUGUUGCA